CUUCCCUUGACCAAGCAUAAAGCCAAAAUAAGAUGUCGUUUUAGAUAAUAGAUAUGGUUCAUCAUCCCGGGGGAAGAAAACCCGGUCCAAGUUACCGGAAAUACCCGGUCACCACUCGGGUGUUGUUAGAAUUUGGACCACCGGUUGAAAUUACUGCAAACACCAGUUUUGACCUCCAACCAGUCGAUGAAUAUCUUCUUUGCUCUUGGAAUUUCCAUAACUAAGAGAGAGAAAACUCGUCUGAUUGUUGAUGUAGACGUGUUGAUGAAUUUGCUCAUUUGAUGCUAGUUUGAAGCUGAUUUGGCCUGAAAUUGUGUUGAUCUGUUGUGAUUUUUAGGGUAUUGUUGAGAAUUAUGGGGUUUUAGAUUAGAGAUCUGUGUUUGGAGACGCUUAUUGUGGUGAAAUGACAUCUUCAGAGGUUUCAAGCAAAGGUAAUAACAGCAUGAGAGGAGACAGAGACACGUUUUCUUUGUCUGGUUUUAGCGACAAAAAUGAUGCGGUAGGUGAUUCAAGAGCUGUCCCGGCGGUUUCCGGUGCCGGUAAAGCUGAUGCGGAUAUGGCUCUUUACAAGGAACUCUGGCGAGCAUGUGCUGGUCCGCUCGUCACUGUGCCUCGCGAAAACGAGCUAGUGUUUUAUUUUCCUCAAGGACACAUCGAACAGGUUGAGGCGUCAACCAAUCAAGUCGCCGAACAACAGAUGCCGAUGUAUAAUCUUCCGUCAAAGAUCCUUUGUCGUGUUGUUAAUGUGCAAUUGAAGGCUGAACAAGACACAGAUGAGGUUUUCGCCCAAAUAACUCUGAUGCCGGAAGCUGAUCAAGAUGAAAACGCUGUUAAGAAGGAACCACCACCACCUCCCCAAUCCAGAUUUCAGGUGCAUUCUUUUUGCAAAACGUUGACUGCUUCUGAUACAAGCACUCAUGGUGGAUUUUCAGUUCUGAGACGUCAUGCUGAUGAAUGCCUUCCUCAAUUGGACAUGUCAAGACAACCCCCAACACAGGAGCUAGUAGCCAAAGAUUUACAUGGAACUGAAUGGCGCUUCAGACACAUAUUUCGUGGUCAACCCCGAAGGCAUCUGCUUCAAAGUGGUUGGAGUGUCUUUGUUAGUUCUAAAAGACUUGUAGCUGGUGACGCCUUUAUUUUCUUAAGAGGUGAGAAUGGAGAGCUUCGUGUUGGAGUGAGACGUGCAAUGAGACAACAACCAAAUGUUCCAUCAUCUGUCAUAUCCAGUCACAGUAUGCAUCUUGGAGUCCUUGCGACAGCCUGGCACGCCAUACAAACAGGAACAAUCUUUACAGUCUAUUACAAGCCUAGAACUAGCCCCACAGAGUUCAUUGUUCCAUAUGAUCAGUACAUGGAAUCCAUCAAGAACAAUUACUCCAUUGGAAUGAGAUUCAAAAUGAGGUUUGAAGGUGAAGAAGCUCCAGAACAAAGAUUUACUGGAACCAUAGUUGGGAUUGAAGAGUCUGAUCCAAAAAGAUGGCCCGAAUCUAAAUGGAGAUCCUUGAAGGUACGAUGGGAUGAAACAUCUACUGUACCUCGUCCAGAUAGAGUCUCACCAUGGAAAAUAGAACCCGCUUUGACUCCUCCUGCUAUAACUCCACUUCCAAUCAAUAAACAAAAGAGACAACGAUCAAGUAUCUUGUCUACAUCUCCUGAUUCCUCUGUUCUUACAAGAGAAGGUUCAUCAAAGAUAGCUACAGCAGACCCUUCAAGGGUAGAAUUGUCAACUGUGAGACCACCUUUUACAGAGAUCAACGACUCAGAUUCAUGCGACGCCCUUUCUGUGUCCCGGUGUUUGCCUUUCGGAAGGCCUACCGAAUCAUCUUUCACGGACUUAUUAUCGGGUUUUGGGUCCCACAACAAUUCAACCGAGUUUUCAAAUCCAUGGUCCAAAAUGCCCUCCAAUCUGCCACUCAACUUAUUGGGGUCAUCCAUGAAAGGUGUUGAUAUUCCAUUCCAGACUUACCCUAUUCAUCGGAAUCCAAAGUGGAUGAUGCCACCACCGCUUCCAUCGUAUCUACACAUCCCUUCUCAUUCCACCGACGUAAUUCCGAAAACGCCCCUUGUUCAAAAUGAGGUCAAGAAGCCACAAGAUGGGAGUUGUAAAAUAUUCGGUGUACCCCUUGCUGGAAACACGGUUGCAUCACCUGGUAAAGAUCGAGAAAAACAAUAUCAAAAUCCCCAGCCACAAGUCAAAGUUCAAGGAGGAGUUUCAACAAGGAGUUGUACAAAGGUUCAUAAACAAGGGAUUGCCCUUGGGAGGUCUUUGGAUCUUACUAAAUUCAACAACUAUGACGAAUUAAUUGCUGAGCUGGACGAGUUAUUUGAAUUUAAUGGAGAAUUAAAAACACGUAACAAGAGUUGGUUGGUUGUGUACACGGAUGAUGAGGGUGACAUGAUGCUUGUUGGAGAUGAUCCAUGGCAGGAAUUUUGUGGCAUGUUGCAGAAGGCAUGGAUGCCCAGGACACAAGGAUUAAUCUUCUUUCUUCUUCAAGUCCUGAGGAUGCUUAGGGUUUUUAUUAGGUGGAUAGGGAGUAUGAUAUAUUUUAUAUAUACAUACAUAUAGCAUAUGGCAGUUGAGAACAGUUGAAAUAAGUAAGUUGUUAAGAUGCAUCCGACUUCCCUGAGUAUGGUGUUUUUGGUUUUGGAAUUGGAAUUGGAGCUGUUAUAUAUUGAUGCGUGGAUGGCUCCUAUAACAUUAUUGUUAUAUAAAAUAUAUAUAUAUUAUAUAUAUAGUAUGGGUGUAUAUAUAGAUGAUAUUCGGUUGGGGGCAACACAUGCAAGCAUGGCAUGCAUGGUGUACAUAGGUGUUUUGGGUAGCUAGCUAUAGGCUAUAGUUUGUCUGAUUUUUGAAUGUAAGGGAAAGUUGAUGAAGUAGGAAUUAAUAGAGACUUUAGUUGGGUAUUGUAGCCUAAACUACGCUUCUUAUCUUUAUAUGUUACUCUUUUAAGUAUAAGUAUUUGCUUGAAGUUGAAC